AGGAGAGGAGCACACACCGCAGCUGACAGCCACACAGGUGGACUUUCCCGGUCUGCGAGGUCCCGGCGGAGGGACACGGUGGCGGGGACACACUGUCCCUUCGUUUUAAUUUCGGUUCACCGCGUGUUUGAGAGAAAUAUCCGACAAGCUUCAGCAUGACAUCGGUGUGGAAGCGGCUGCAGCGGGUCGGGAAGAGAGCAUCCAAGUUCCAGUUUGCGGCUUCGUUUCAAGAGCUGACGAUAGAGUGCACGAAGAAAUGGCAACCAGACAAACUGAGAGUGGUGUGGACCAGGAGGAACAGACGCCACAGCACAAAGCUGCACAGCUGGCAGCCGGGGAUCAAAAACCCAUACAGAGGCCUGGUGCUGUGGCAGGUUCCAGAGAGUUUAGACAUCACUGUCACACUCUUCAGGGAACCUACUGCAGAGGAGUUUGAAGACAAGGACUGGACCUUUGUCAUCGAAAAUGAGACAAAAGGCCGUAGGAAGGUGUUGGCAUCAGCAGACGUCAAUAUGAAGAAGUUUGCCAGUGCCACGCCGGCGCAAUUUGAUGUCACACUGAAGCUCAAACCGCUGUCCGUCAAAGUGGUGGAAGCCACGCUGAAACUCAACCUGUCUUGUGUCUUUCUCAAAGAGGGCAAAGCCACAGAUGAGGACAUGCAGAGUUUGGCCAGUCUCAUGAGCAUGAAACAGAGUGACAUUGGAAACCUCGAUGACUUUAAUGACAGUGAUGAUGAAGGUGGUGAAGAGAGGAGGGCCCAUUUCGGAAGCGGACAAGCUACUCAUGUUGCUGCCUCUGCUGCAUCUGUCACCAGAGUUCAUGAUCUGGCAUGGAGGCCUGCCAUUGAAUCAGGCCCCACAGUAACCUCAGAGAUGGACUGGAGAACAUCUGGCAUUUCCUCCACCAUCUCGGUCCCAUCUCGUCCUCCUCUGCCCGAACCCUCAGACCCCUCUGUUCCAUCCUUUUCACGCACACGACCCCCCAGCAGCACUGCCCAGCAGGCUCGGCCCUCUCCCUAUGCCUACUCACUGCCGGCCUUUACACGCGCUCACCCUCCUGCACUUCCCAAAAUCUUCCAGCCUGCUGCUGGAUCAGCUCCUCAAAGGCCUCAUAGCUUCCACAGUGCCUCCUCUCCAGCUGAGGGCUGGGAGGCUUUCUCUACCUUCACCCCCUCUAAAGCAGUCUCCACCUCCUCUCUCUCUUCUACACCCUCUGAUCCAUCUCUCCAUCAUCCUGCUUUCUCUGAUACCUCACAAACAGCCUUUCCCAGUGGCUGGAGAGCACAGACUGGUCCUUCCUUUCCUUCUAUGUCCUCCUCCUCCUCUUCAUCUUCAGCUCCUCUCAGCUCCUUCCCCUGUAUACCUCCACCGCCUCCUUCUUCCAGACCUCCCAAACCUCGCCUCAGCUCUGUGGGGGAGCCGGGCUCGGCCCUCACCAGGCCCACCAGCCUGCCGUCUGCCCCUGAGACAGCUUCCUGGCAGAGUGAGUGGAGGCCUCCUAAAUCUCAGGCCCCUCUAGCACAGCCUGCCCUCUCUCCUAAGUUUCUGCAUCCCUCUGCCAGUGAUCCAGGACAGCCUGCAGUGCUGCAGACAGAGACGCCAUCUUUAGUCUCUGUGCCCACUGCUCCGUCUAUGGAGCAGAGACCACAGGGAGGCUCUGGAUUUGUCCCUUCCUGGAGACCCCAGGUCACACCUGCAGUAGAGACACCUGCUUCUUUCAGUCCUUCCUCUCCUCCUGUGCUCUUUGGGCCUUCUCCUCCUCUUCCUUCUCAGCCUCAUAUCUCCCAAACUGCCAUAACCUCCCAAAGUGACCAAGAUGCAGAAUUCAAAAGACAGUUGAGCACGCUGAGUGAAGAGGACAACCAGUGUACAACACCUACGAGCCCUGAUCCCAGACCACCGCUCAGGAGGCCAGAGCUGUCCAGGGCUUCAGAACGGAAAAGAGAUGCACAUUUUGGAAUCGAGGUUGUGAAAGCAUCAGCAGGACCUGAGAGCAUGGCCUCACUUCUGCCCCUUAGUCACAGAGCACCUGUAGCCCCAGGGCUAAAGUAUUUUGAGAUGCCAAAAACGCAGAUGGAACAAACAGAAUCAAAGCAAAUAAGGAUGCUCCCUAAUAUCCAGCCAACACUUCCUCCCUUCACUUCUGCACCUAAGCAAAACCCUGAUACUCAAGAGUACACAUCUGCUUCAGCAAAGGGGCCACCGGUUAAGCCAAGAAGUCACUUGUCCAAGAUGUCCAUUCAGUUAGGGAAUCAGAUAGCCGAACCAGAGUCUACUCAACAUAAAUCCCUGUCUCCUACCAACUCCCAACCCUCUUCCAGAUCACUUGAGGAACCUUUGUUGCACUCGCCUUUAACUGCUAAAACCACUGACACAAAACCGAUACGAAGGAUAGGAGCGUUCCAUAAAAAAGAAGCAAUAACUAUGGUUUCAGGAAAUGAGAGCAUGGCUGCCUCAUCGUCAUCUUGUCUCAAAAAUGCCAAUUCUGCUUUUCCUCCAAUGGUGAUGAACAAAACACCUGAAGCACAGUCUGGAGAACAGUCAAUUGCGAAAAACUCAAUGUGGAGAAAACCACAAAGAGACACUAAAAAAAUAACAGAUCCAGCCCCAAUACCUGCCUCAGACCAAGUUACGCCAAGAUUGGACUCAGAUUUUGGGUUUUUCUCAGCACAGCAGGUCACAACAGAUCAUUUAUCAAAACAAAGAGAAGAAUUUAAAGAGGAUUUUGCAUCGUCUUCAACAAAAAGCUUUGUUGUACAUGGUUUGGACCCAGAACAUUGUAUAAAGAAAGGGAGAUCUGAAAAUGUGCCUUUGUCUUUGGAUGAAAGGCCAUUAAGCGAAAGAGAUAGUAGAGUUAAACAGGAACUUGUUUUACCAAGCUCUGAAGUCCGUACAGAAGAAAAAUGUGUUUUCAUAUCAAAGGUGGAACUAGGGCAAUUGUGUCCAACAGGGAGUUCUAUUUCUCAUUCAGUGUCCACUUUACAGCCUGAAGUUCAAAGUGAAGGAACAGCGGGGGUGCCAAGUACAAUUAAGCUACAAUCAAGCUGCCCACAAUAUUCCAAGAUUCCUGGCAUGCCAUCUUUACACAAGUCACAACUUACAGUUUGGCCUGAUGACACGACAUUACUCUUUCAGAAGUUACCCAGCACCAGAUUUUCAUUACUCCUAACAGACUCUGUUAGUUUCAUUCAUGAGGGCAAUGCAGGCACUGCAAAAAUGGUUGACCUAACACCAUCCUGUUCCAGAUCUGCCAGUAUUCCUGGGUUCCCAUCAGCUUUGAAACGCGAGCCAAAUAUGGCUUGCCUUUUACCUUUAUGUCCCAGAAUUAGCAAGAUUCCAGGAUUAGCCUCUGUUGAAUCAGUGACUGAAUAUGAACAGAGUGUUUGGGACAGAUGUUCUCUGUGGAAGAAGCCAUUGCAGAUAAAAGAAGCUUUUGUUUCACACAUGUUGUGCGUUCAGGAACAAGCUCUCAGUGGUACUAAUAUGAUUAAAGUAAUGGUGGCCAUGUUGCCAACAUGUUCUAGAAAGGCCAGUGUCCCAGGGUUUCCUUCUGCACCAUUGCAGAUGGCUUCAAUUACUCCAAGUAUGGCCAGUCUUCUACCUACAUGCCCCAAACAGACAAUUAUUGCAGGCAUGCCAGGUAGACAAAGAGUUAUGUCAUAUCAGGACAGCUGGCAUAUUUUGAGGGAGUUCAUUUUAGAUAGACCAUUGAGAAUUAAUCCUGUCCUGGUUCAGGAAAAGUCAUAUGAGGAUAAAGAACAUAUAAACUAUAUGGUAAAUAUGUUUCCAUCUUGCCCCAGGAAGGAAACCAUCCCAGGUUUUCCCUCCGUGCCAAGAAAAGAACCCAGUUUGCCCAAUGUUGUAUUUCCACCAAGGCAAGAGCCUAGCAUGGCUGAUAUUUUGCCUACAUGCCCAAGAAAAGCUAGAGCCAUUGGUUUACCCUCCAAGGAACCACUUAGUGACUGUUUUGAUAUAGCCAGGCACAUUUUGAUGGAGAAGCCCUUGAGUAAAGAUGAAGUCUUUAUUCUUGCUACUCCCUCAGGUGCUGCUCAGUUUCUAGACAGAGGAGAAAUGUUCAGCUCAGUGGCAAUGUUGCCCUCAUGCCCCAUUAGAACUUGCCUCGUUGGUAUGCCCACAAGACCCCAGAAGCUGUUGCCAAGUAUUGUCAGUCUUGUACCCGUAUGCCCUAAACAGAGUCAAAUUCAAGGUAUGCCAUCUCGAGAUCAAAACACUUCAGAGAACAGAGAUUGGCAUGCCUUGAGGCGAUUAAAUAACAAGAAACCAGAGAAGAAAACACAAACUUGCAUUGUUCAGUGCAUGCCUAAACACACACAUAACCCCAAAGAUAUGGUAGAUAUGUUGAUAAGUUGUCCACAAAAAGCCAAAGUAUAUGGCUUACCCUCUGCUCCACGACAAGAACCCAGUAUAGUUAAUAUAAUGCCCUCAUACCCCAUACAGAGUAAAAUCCCUGGUUGGCCUUCAAAGACUAGACAAAAACUUGGUUUGACCAGCUGCAAUAAAUGGUUUUCUCCUAAAAGUUUGCAGUGGGAUAGCCCACGUAUCAAAAAGGAAGUACAGAUUCUAAAUGCAGUUUUAGGUUUGGAUAAGAACACAGCUGAAAAUAUGAGUGCAAUAUUACCCUCGUGUCCUGAGAAUGCCAGUGUACCAGGGUUUCCCUCUGCUCUGACAUCAACAUUUGCAGAUGGCUCAACUAUGGUGAAUUUAUCGCCUAGUUGUACAAACAAAUCUAGAGUUUCUGGAAUGCCACUUAGACACACCACUGAACAAUUGGAGUGGCUAAUGGAAAGUCAGCCGCUACUUCUCCCUAGGGAGAAGUCGGCAGAUGUGUUACAUGUACACAAUGUAAAUAUGUUUUAUUUUGAAAGUGAUGUGAUCAUAAAUAUGGUAUCAAUGUUACCCUCCUGCCCACAGACAGCUUGUUUACCAGGCUUUCCAUCAGUACCAUGUCAAAUGUUGGCAGGAAUACCAAGUAUGAUCAGUUUGCUGCCUACUUGUUCAAAAUAUUUCAGAAUAUGUGGAAUAUCCUCAAGAUUCCACAGUGAGUAUGACGGGGCAGAAUGGAAUGUCGACAAAAGGCCUGUAUGGAAAAGGCCAUUUGACAAGCCAGAAAGGCUGCCAGUAAUACAUGACCACAAGAUGUAUUUUAGAGAAUGGGCAGUGGUUAGAAUUAUGGUAUCAAUGUUACCACCCUGUCCAAAACACUCAUAUGUUCCUGGAAUUCCCUCAAAAGCAAGAGAGAAGCCACUAGAAGCUGAGAUGAAUGAGGCUUUCAAUAUGUUCAAGUCAUUAUCCACUUUCCCAAAACACAGUAAAAUUCCGGGUCUACCUGCAAAGAAUAGCACAAAAGAAUAUGAUGGCUGGUGUGUGGACAGGGAUGUAGUUUGGGAAAUCCCAUUCGAUAGAAGGUGUAGAGUUGUUCACCAAGAUUUUAAAGUUAGGGAAAUGUCAUGUAGGGACAAAGAAAUAAUGCUGAGUAUGCUUCUAUCAUGUCCAAGACAAACCCUGAACCCUGGAUUUCCAUCAGCGCCAAGACCCCAAGCUGUUGAUGGGAUUGUGGAAAAAAACCUAGACAUGGCACAUUUGCUGCCAUGUUGCCCAAGACAGUCAAGUAUCAUUGGUUUCCCCUCAAGAGUAUCACUUAUCUCUGAUUCUAAAUUUGAGGGCUGGCCAAUGGUGACACAAGACUGCUGUUCAUUUUACACAAAGUAUAGUCCUUCCCACAAAGAUAUGAUGAAGGCAAUUGAUUUACUUGAACCUUCGUGUCUAAAUAUCGCUCUCAGUUCUGGCUUCACAGUAGUGCCAACACAUGACCAAGAGCGGCUUCCGAGUAUGGUAAAUAUUGUGCCAUCUUGCCCAAAGAAAGCCUCGAUUCUUGGAAUACCAUCAACACAUGUGCACCAUUCGGAACAGAGGUGGCCAAGAGCAAAAGGAAUUGGAAAAGAAAGACAAAACCUUUCAACUCAACAACAGCCACUGGAAGAAUAUUCCCUUUGUAUUGUUUCUGUCAGAGAGGAAUCCAUGCAGUUUGUAAUGCCUAGCCAAGAUGUACCAGAGGAUGUAAAAGAAAAGAUGACAAUUAAGUCAUCAGCCUGCCCAGUCAAGAACUUACCAUCAUCAAAUUCUGAAAUCAACGUGAACCAGCCAUCCUCUAGAGUAAAUGGGAUGGAGAUGUUAUGGGAUGAGGCCAGUCCAACCACAUUAGAUCUCGACACUCAGAAAACAAAAUCUGAUGUGUGCUCAGCUUUGGAGGUACAAAAAGAUGAACGGGGCUUUUGGAUACUGAAUGAGGCUGAAGAAAUAGCUGCUCUAGAAAAAGGAAACUUGCAUUGCAGAAUGUGGCACUCCGUUCCUGACAUGCCACUAUUCUUGACUAUUAGAAGGAGGUGGGUUGCCUUGGUUUGCACAGUGAUGCAACAAUGUGAUGCAUUUCCACAAUAAUACAUUUGCU